AUGAAGGUCUCUCUGGCUUUAGGAGUCUGGUCGCUUCUUGCCGCCUUGAUUUGGCCUUGCACUGAGAGCAUCUAUGUGACAGUAAGUUGUUCAAUGGACUGGGUGAUGAUCUUGGUUAGCCCAUGUGGACGCAACAGCGAUCUGUAUAUAUUUGAUGAUGAAUUGCACCUGGGAUCAGGUUGCCCUGUGACUCGGAUUCAGACCUCUGCAUAUGAUUUUAUAUACCCUGUACGUGACCGUGGGAUCAGGACAAAGGUUGUUUCGGAGGAUACCCUCCUUUUUCAAACAGAGAUGUUCUUUAACCCUAGGAUUGUGCAUUGUGAGAGCCAGAAAAUCCCUUUGGAAUGUUCUGCCUCUAGGAAAUCAGUAUGGCUCACACCAGUUUCUGCAGAUAAUGAAAUGAAAUUGGACCCCAGUCCCUUUAUUGCUGACUUUGAGACAACACCUGAAGAGCUAGGAUUACUAAGUUCAAGUCAGACGGGUUCCCUCCUUAAGGAGAAAUGGAGACUUGGAGUUGGCAUCAUGAAUUUUGUUCGAAAAACUGUUUUUUUGUAUUAAAAAAAAGUUAGUAUAAAUCUUUUCUUAGAUAUCUUACCCCUAAACAUCCCUAAUUCAGUAAAGGUCCUGAUUCAGUGAAAGUAUAUUUUUCAUUUUUUUAUUCAUUAGGGGUAUAGCUGAUUAAUUUAAUGUUAAUAGGUAAUUUAUACUAGCCAUUUGAAUUUUAUUUUUUAGGGCCACCUGGGUGGCUCAGUCGUCUAAGCAUAUGACUCUUGCUUUCGGCUCAGGUCAUUAUCUCACAUUCAUGAGGCUGAGCCCUGUAUUGGGCUCCUCAUUGGGUGUGUAGCCUGCUUAAGAUUCUCUCUGCCCCUCCCUCUGCCCCACCCCAUGCAUGCUCCCUCGCUUGCUCUCUCUCUGUGUCUCUGUCUCACAAAAAUUUUAUUUUCUAUUCUAUAUGGUAGAACAAUAUGUCUUCAAUGACAGUAAUUUGAUCCAAUUGAUAUGAACCUUCGAGAAAUAUGUUCUAAAUAUUUUUCUUUUUAGUAGGGGCACCUGGGUAGCUCCAUUGGUUAAGAAUCUGACUUCAGCUCAGGUCAUGAUCUCCCAGUCUGUGAGUUCCAGUCCUACAUCAGGCUCUCUGCUAUUGAUGGAGUGGAGCCUGCUUCGGAUCCUCUGUCCCCCUCUCUCUGACCCUCCCCCACUGGUGUGUGCAUGCUCUCUCUCAAAAGUAAAUAAACGUUAAAAAUUUUUUAAUAUUUUUUUUAGUAAAAAUAAAGAAUAGAGAUAGGUAUCUAAAUGUGCCAGAGAGUAAAUUUGUGCAGAAUCUAAAAUUUAACAUAUUCUCAGGAAAGACAAAGUCCUUUUGUGUGAAGAUACUUUAACUUGUGUGGGCUUUACUAAUUAGUAGAGUCAGUUCCUAAAAAUAAUUCCUAACUAGUAAAGUCAAUUCCUAAAAAUAAUUCUAUGUAUAUCAUAUUUGAGUAAUUAUUGCAGAAGGAAAUUAGAUUCAUAUUCUAGGAUUUCAAUAACCACUUUCUUAACUGAAAUUUGAUGUCACAUUUUCUGUUCUCUCCCUGAUGUGACUUUUCCACACUUGAAAUAAUUGACUGAUUGAGGUGGUGAAAGGUUGGAUCAUCCUAUCACAGUAUCAUCCUCCUAUAACCAUUUAUCAACAGCUACCUGUGACCCCUUCUUUCCCCCAAGGAGGCAAUUUUACCAUGCAACGCACAAAAAAGUCUCUUCUGACUUUUGCGAUAUUUCUUACAUCGUUUAUGAGGAUGGAGCUGUGCCAUUCAAUUGCUUAUUAAAUGUGUAUUUGAAUGUUA